UGGGUUAUUGAGCUUAAGCCUCUGACCAUUAUUCAUAUAAGAAGGGCUGAGGUAUUAGCCCCUUUGUCCUCUGUGUGCUAGAGAUCCCAAAGACAACAGAUGUAGUUACAAUCCAGCUCCGAUGAUCUCCUUUGGCAUCGCUGCAGUCAUUCUCAUGGUUAAACAGUAAAUAUGGUUUUUAUAGACUCUGUGUGUGUGUGUGUGUGUGUGUGUUUGACUCUCGCGUGUCAGUACCAUGAGCACUAAGGGCACCAUGCGUCAGAAGUAAGUAGAUAAGGGACAUAGAUAAGAGUCGAAAAAAGUAGCAUCGUGUCUCUACUGGCUAUACAGGCAGAUAUCUGGAUGCCAUGUUACCUGCAAAAAAGAAAAGAAAGAGAAAACAAUUUUUUGACAACACCACAUUGACCAAAGUCGACCAGGUGGCCCAGCCCGCAGCAGCCAGUCCGACCCAACCAAACUGUGACAACGUUUUGCAGCUUUGCACUUUUUUUGAAGAACCCAGCUAGCUGCAAGAACUGAUGUGAAUUCCAGAACAUGUUGAUCCGCUGUAUCAGCCUGUUGCAGAGUCCGUAGGGGCCUCAGGAGUCAAGCCAAGAGAAAAUGUGAAUACCCACCACCCAGACACGGGCCAAUAAUGACCCGCACCCGUCAUCUUCACCCAGGCCAAUUAGCUUUCCAAAGGAUAUGCGAAUGUAUGCGAUGCAUCAAAAAUCUGCGGGGGAACGACAUGGCGGGCCAGAUUGCCGGAUCACACUGACGGGUGUAUAAUGCAUUAAAACUGGAGGAGAAGGGGGGCAACCAGACCGGAGACCAGCACAGAUGGGCCAGUGCCCGGCCCGACAAUUUCACUCUAACUGUGGCAACAAUGACUCAUAAGGAGAAAUAGGCUCUUUUACUUUGAAGAACAAAAUCUUACUGAGCAACUUCAAUUCACACAUUUGGUAACUACCAAGUUGCUUAGUCCUACUGCGCAGCGAACAUGAGCGGCAAGACACAAGCCACGAUUUUUCUGCUCCAUAAUCGUGCUAUUCAAGACAUCAGUUGGCUUCACCUCCUGGCGCUUUCACUUGACUCAAAGACAUAGUCAGUGAAAGUCCAGUGGAUGACUGUUAGGUAUUGUCUUCAAAGGUCAUCUGCCCCUCUUCCUGUCCUCCUAUAGCAUGGCGAGAUGGAGGUUGGGAUGCUUUGGUUCAGGCCAUAUGUUUGCUGUCCUGGUUGUGGUAUCAACGAGUAUGUCCCUUGUACAAAGUAAUGACUGUCCCCAGCUAUGUGUGUGUGAGAUCCGACCCUGGUUCACCCCACAGUCCACAUACAGAGAAGCUAUCACUGUGGACUGCAAUGACCUGCACCUGACACGCAUCCCUGGGAACCUCUCGAGUGAUACUCAGGUUCUCCUGCUGCAAAGCAACUAUAUUGCUAGGACCAGUGAAGAGCUGGAGCAGCUUUUCAACCUCACAGAGCUGGACCUAUCACAGAACAACUUCAGUAACAUUCAGGAUGUUGGCCUUGCAAAUAUGUCACAGCUCACAACACUUCAUUUAGAAGAGAACCAGAUCACAGAAAUGCCUGAUUACUGCCUACAGGACCUCCACAAUCUACAGGAGCUCUACAUUAACCACAAUCAGAUCAAUACCAUUUCUGGAAAUGCUUUCUCUGGACUCCAUAAUUUGCUAAGGCUUCACCUUAACUCCAAUAAGAUCAAAACCAUCAGCAGCCAGUGGUUUGAAUCAACGCCUAAUCUAGAGAUCCUCAUGAUAGGGGAAAAUCCUGUUCGUGGAAUUAUGGAUUUUAACUUCAAAUCUCUGGGCAACCUGAGAAGCCUGGUCUUGGCCGGUAUGGAUUUGACAGACAUCCCUGGAAAUGCCUUUGUGGGCCUCGACAACUUAGAAAGUCUUUCUUUCUACGAUAAUAAGUUAGCGAAAGUUCCUCAAAAAGCCCUUCAAAAACUACCUAACCUCAAGUUCUUGGAUUUAAACAAAAAUCCAGUGCACAAGAUCCAGGAGGGAGAUUUCAAAAACAUGUUAAAGCUAAAGGAGCUGGGUGUAAACAACAUGGAUGAGUUGGUUUCUAUAGACCACUACGCUCUGGAUAAUCUUCCUGAGCUCACUAAGCUCGAGGCAACAAACAAUCACAAGUUCUCCUACAUCAACAGUCAUGCCUUCCAUGAUGUCCCAGCCUUGGAGAGUUUAAUGCUGAACAACAACGCACUGAAUGCCCUCUAUCAGUCCACCAUGGAUUCUCUUCCCAACUUGCGUGAAAUCAGCAUCCACAGCAACCCCUUUCGUUGUGACUGCGUUAUCCAAUGGAUGGGCACCAACCAGACUACUGUUCGUUUCAUGGAUCCUUUAUCUAUGAUUUGUGCUAUGCCGACAGAGGUCAGGGGUAUGCGUAUGCAGGACGUUCUGCAGAAGAACCUAGAAAACCAGUGCUUGCCAAUGAUUAGUCAUGAUACCGUUCCCAGUCACCUCAACGUAGACAUUGGCACUAGUAUAGACUUGGACUGCAGAGCCAUGUCCCAGCCUGUGCCAGAAAUCUAUUGGGUGACACCGACAGGGACCAAGGUCAUGAUAAACAGCCUAUCCGAUAAAUACAGCCUCAGCAGUGAAGGUACAUUGAGUAUUUCCCACAUGCAGGUUGAAGACUCUGGCAGGUACACCUGCGUGGCUCAGAAUUCACAAGGAGCUGACACAAGAGUGACAGCCAUACGGGUGAACGGCACUCUGCUAGACAACACUCAACUUAUGAGAAUGUAUGUCAAACAGACAGAUUCACACUCAAUUCUGGUCUCCUGGAAGGUAAAUUCCACUGUAAUGAUCUCUAAUCUAAAGUGGUCCUCUGCCACCAUGAAAAUAGACAACCCACAUAUUACGUACAGUGCCAAGGUUCCUGUAGAUGUUCAUGAGUAUAACCUCACUCAUUUGCAACCAGCAACCGAGUACGAGGUUUGCCUCACUGUCUCCAACGUCCAUCAGCAAACACAGAAGUCAUGCGUGAAUGUGACCACAAAACAAACGCCCUUCGCUGUGGAAGUGUCGGACCAAGCGACCAACAUGGCUCUGGCAGCAGUUAUGGGGACAAUGUUUGCAAUCAUCAGCUUGGCAUCCCUGAGUGUAUACAUUGUUAAGCGGUGGAAAAGGAAAAACUAUCAUCAUUCCCUGAAAAAGUACAUGCAGAAAACCUCGUCCAUACCGUUAAAUGAGCUGUACCCCCCUCUUAUCAACCUGUGGGAGGCAGAUAGUGAAAAAGAGAAAGAAGGCUCCUCUGAGAGCAAACCUAGCCAGGUGGACACAACACGCAGCUACUACAUGUGGUGAGAGCAACCACUCAUUUUUCGAGGGACAUACUGUAUGUCAGAAGCACAUAAUGUAUAUGUGCAUGUAGAAGUGAACAAUCUUAUCUUUUCAUGUUUUAUUUUUUUCUUUGGAUCUCUCAAAACUCAACAUUUCUGUUCCUUAGUUUAACAUAUUGCCUUUUUGACUCCUGUCUACUUUGACAGAAACUGGCAGCUUUCUUUGUCUUACUGAAUAAAGUAGACAGGUAGAUUUAUUUAUUGUAUAUGUUUUGAGAACACAGCAUGAGUAUUGUCACAGAUUCAGUAGAUGUGCGAAAUCCACACUUUAUAACUUGAUUCUCUAGCAGGAAUGUAAGGGUGCCAUCAUUCUCAUGUAAAUCAGUUUCACUAUUGACUGUUGUGCACUGAAAUAUAUCCACUGACUUGUCUAUAAACUCAAAUGUAAGCUGACAAAGUACGUUUAGACUUUAUAUACUGUCUAUUGGAUAAUGUUACCUAUUUCUAUGUAAUGUUGUAUCAACGAUUUCAGUUACGUUUUGUCCAUUAAUACUCAGAUACUUGGAUUUUGUUUGCGGGGCAACUACCGUAAACCAGCAAUAGAAACAGGAAUGUUUUAAACUAGGUGAAUUGAUGUAAGGCUUUCUACGUUUCUUUAAUACUUUUUAUCUUACUAGAAUAUAUCUACAAUCACUUUGCUUAUUGUUGUUGUUUACACACGAUUAUUGAAGAACAAAUGGAAUAAAAAUGUCUUUCAUCUUA